UGCGAAUUGAAUAUGUGGUUGUCUACAUCGAGUAAUUGGAAACAACCGGCUAGACGCGUCUCCCCUCCUCUUGGACUCAGGCCGCGUUUCUUUGCUUUUGACAGUCAAACUAAAUAUUGUUUCGCCCAUUUAUACUCGUAAUAUACCAGCACCUGCCAUGUCGUCCCGCCAUCAAGACUGGGAUCCGCGUUGUAAAGUCUAUGUUGGCAAUCUAGGCUCUAACGCGGCCAGAGGCGAGAUCGAAGAAGCCUUCAGCAAGUACGGCACACUGAGAAAUGUCUGGGUAGCAAGAAAUCCCCCUGGCUUUGCCUUUGUUGAAUUUGAAGACCCGAGAGAUGCAGAGGAUGCAGUUCGUGCCCUUGAUGGAGUGCGUUUAUGUGGUGCCAGAGUGAAGGUGGAAAUGUCUACAGGCAAGAGGAGAAGUAAUGGCUUUGGUGGAGACCGUGGUGGACGUGGUGGAGACCGCAGAGGAGGUGGUGGGCCUCCAGCAAGGAGAGGUGGUGGAUACUCACCCAGACGAUCACGUUCACGCAGUCGUGAUCGUUUCCGCGACAGGAAAGCCUCUCGAUCAGUCUCUCGCGACCGAGUUCGCAGGGACUCACGCAGUCGUUCACGUUCCCCCAGCUACAGCAAGUAUGCCGAUUAAUUGAUUCCGGUCUAUCACAUACACACACACACACUUACCUGUUGUGCAGAUAAUAAUUUUCAAAGCAGAAGCUCCUCCACUUUUUCUCUUUUCUCCUUGUCGCUGUGAAAAAAAACCGUCAUUCACCUCCUCCCCUACUAUGAUUCCCCUCCUAUUUGGCAUCCAUUUUUUUGUGUGUGACCAGCAGUGGCGUCAGCUGCAAUCCUGGGCUUUUCAUCAUUUUUUUUAAAUUGCAAAACAAACGGACUUGUAUCACAUGGGCGCAUUUUGUUGUGUGAAAGAGUUGCGGGCUUAAAAAUCGUGCUCAUUCCACAUGCGCAAUACACACUUGAGGAUUUC